AUGCUGUCACUACGACUCGCUGCCACAGCGGCACUCCUGCUCGCCACCACGGUCCAAGCCCACUUCGAGCUCCAGUACCCAGGCCCCAUCAAGCCCUUCGACGACGACACCGAGGGUUCGGCUCCUUGCGGUGGCUACACUCCCGACCUCGACAACGAAAAUGCCGUCGACUUCCACGUCGACGGCGAUGCCAUCUCGACCUACUCCACGCACCCGCAGACCAACUGGCUCUACCGUAUGACCACCGAUCCCACUGCAAGCGGCAAUUGGUCCCAGGUCUACGGCAUCAUCCAGCAGAGCGGUCCGGGAAAUUACUGCACGCCUCAAGUCACCAUAUCCCAUGAGUACGUGGGCAAGAAGGCCAUUCUCAGCAUGGUCGCGAGUGGCAUCGACGGCUUGCUGUACCAGUGUGCUGCCGUCAACUUCAUCAACGGAACUGGCAACGCGCCGUCGGUCUGCACCAACCAGUCCAGCGUAAAAGGCUCGUACACCAACGAUGCCACACUGACCGCUCUGCUCGGCAGCAGCAGCGCCAGUAGCGCCAGCAGUAGCGCAUCGCCCUCCGAGACGCCCGGCGCUGGUGUUUCGAUGCGCGCUGACUCGGUCGAGGGGCUUCGUGCUUUGGUCGCUACUGGGGUCAUGGUCGUUGUUGGUGCAAUGCUAAUGGUGUAA